CUAUCGGAACAUUGAAUACUUCUAAUUGCAGCGUCCGAGUCCGUGAAAUUGUUCCUCCUUGGCAUAGAAGAGCAUGAAUAAUCACAACGAAAAAUUCCUCUUCUGACACAGUAAGCGGAGCGUCGGGUCUGAGAAAUUUGUCAAGUUGCUGACGAUACCAUUAUAAAAGAGACCAUGCACAGAGAUUCCCAGAACAUGGCAGAUCUCAGCGUUACCACAAUGAUGUCGUUGUCUGGACGAGUAGGUCUCGUUACAGGCGGAGGGACAGGAGUAGGACUUAUGAUGGCCAAAGCCUUCGCUGCAAAUGGAGCGAAAGUAUACAUCACUGGGCGAAGGCUGGAUGUCCUAGAGCAAGCUGCUGCGUCAGUCACAAGUGUCCCGGGAUCCAUUAUCCCACUCCAGAUGGAUGUUACCGACGAAGAGAGCGUCAAGGCUGACGCAAAGCAUAUUGAAGGAAUCGAUGGCAAGCUCGAUAUCCUCGUCAACAAUGCUGGUUUAUUCUACUCCCUUCGCGAUCCAGAUUUCCUUGCGAAAAAGAUCGCAGCGUCAGAUCCCUUUGAACCCGAGACGGUACAGAAUUGGAUGGACAUCUUUGCAGUAAACACCAUCGCACCGUUCUUCGUUGUCCGUGCCUUCCAGUCCCUCCUCAUCAAAGGAGCGCAUUCCCGCCCUCAAGGCACCUCAAGUGUCAUCAACAUUAGCAGCUCGGGGGCAAAGAUAAACACAACAACGCCGAUGUUUUGUUUGGCAUUGGGAACGACGAAAGCAGCCCUGGAAAAGCUCACCCUUGUUUUAGGGACGAGCUAUGCGGGGAGAGGUAUUCCCAUUCGGAUGAACGCGCUCGAACUUGGUUUGUUUCCAUCGCAGAUGAGUACUCCUGAGUUCAUGGAAAUGGUCAACUUGGACCCAUCACCUGGGCAUGCGGCUACAAUACCUGCAAGGAGGGUGGGAACUGACGUGGACAUGGGGAGGGCGGCAAUCUAUUUAGCGGUAUCUGACUAUACCAAUGGAGCGGUUUUGAGUGUUGAUGGUGGGGUAACGUUGGUCAAUCCUUAAGAGUUGAUCAUCUAAUGAAAUUGUGCGAC